UUCUUCAGCAACUCGGAUCGCUUGCUUCCCGGCACUUCUAAUCCCAUUCGACAACAGGAUGUGGCAUUUAGCGGCAUUGCUUCUAGUGUCGGCUCUGACAUCAUUGGUUCGGCAAACAAGUGGUUUCCAACCAACUAUUUUUCCUUCCCUACCCGGGUGGAAACCAGAACCUCAAAUUGUUUUUAGCACUGUUCAACAGACAACAAUUCAGUACAUUGACAGAGUAGAAACUAGAACAGUUCCAAGUCCACCUAUUCAAGAAACUCGCUAUGUCACAUCAACACGAGUUAUCCCUCAAAUUAGCUAUGUCACACAGACCCAGAUAGAGACACAAGUUGUACCUGUUGAAGUAACGAGUACACAGAUUCAGACCAUUAAUCAACCAGUUACAAAUUAUCAGACUGAGUAUCGUCAAGAGACCAGGUUAAUCACCAUUCCAGGUCCUGAUGUAGUUAUGACAAGGGUGCGGACUGUGGUUCAGACUUCUGUUAUAAGGAGUGUACAACCAGAUAGUAGAACCCAAUACAUCACAUCAACACAAGUGCAACAACAAUUACAGACCAGAAUUGUAACAGGACCAAAUAUCAUUUUGACCAGUACUGUUCAGAGGCAACAGGUUGUCCCUUAUACAACAGUUAACACAAGAUAUGAAAAUGAUUUUGUUACCCGUGAACAGAUAGUCACAAGGACAAAUGUCCAAACACAGACUAUAGUUCAGACUCAGUUUGUGCCUGAAGAAGUUGUUAGAACUCAAGUAAUACCAACAGUCAUCUAUACUACCAUCUAUGAGACUAGGGUUCAACCAUUCACUCAAGUCCAGACUGUGUUUAGGACUCAGUACAUAACCCCAGCCCCUCUUGUACAAACCCGUGAAGAAACCAGAACCUCUCUUGUUCAGAUACCUGGUCCUGAUAGAGUGGUCACUAGCCAAGUUGUGCAAACACAACAACAGCAACAGGUCAUUUACCAGACUCUUGAUCGAGGACAGCAAAUUACUGUUACACAAACUGUAACUGGAACUUGUUCAGCAAGUGGUUACAAUUACAAUGCACCUUCUAAUCAACUGAUUAUUGGCAAAUAACAUAUUAUGAAUAUAUGUAUCAUACAUUGCACCCAAUUUUGGUUAUGUAAAGCAAUAACUUCUGUAAGCGCAAAACAUGGAUAUUAAUUUGAAGGAAAUUGGUAUGAUGU